AUGAGGGGGUAUCAAAACUUCUUCACUGCUGGAAUUACAGGAAAUGUGAACGUACAUGACAUUAACCUCUUCAAUGCUGGAAUUAAAGGAAAUGUGAGAGCACAUGACAUUAAUAUCUUCACUGCUGGAAUUAAAGGAGAUGUGAGCGCACAUGACAUUAACCUCUUCACCGCUGGAGUUAAAGGAGACGUGAGCACACAUGGCAUUAACCUCUUCACCGCUGGAGUUAAAGGAGACGUGAGCACACAUGGCAUUAACCUCUUCACUGCUGGAGUUAAAGGAAAUGUGAGCACACAUGACAUUAACCUCUUCACUACUGGAAUUAAAGGAAAUGUGAGCGCACGUGACAUUAACCUUUUAAUUGCUGGACUUAGAGCAUUAAAGAGAGAGCACAGAUGA